AGCGUUAGCGUUACUUGCCAGCCUUGCCAGUUGCAGUCAGUAGGAAGUUGAGGGGGAAGCACACGUGUAUGAGUCAGCCUCAACCAUAGAUAGUAGAUACGGUGGCUUCUAGCAGCCGUGGCACAGUACGUUUCGUGUCAGUAUUUCGUUCGUUGCUUGGGAAGUGAGAACUGAGAACAGAGCGUUCGUCCAAGUGUAGGCAGAUAACUAGAUACAUAUUUAAGGCAAGCGAGCAGUUCUGCGAAAGUGAGGGUGGUGUGUGUGUCUCCAGCGAACUUGGAAUACGCUAGUCCAUGUGCUCUUCUGGCUUUUGACUAAAAUGCUCAUCAAGGAAUUCCGUGUCACCCUGCCCCUCACCGUAGAAGAGUAUCAAGUUGCCCAGUUAUACUCUGUGGCGGAGGCUAGUAAAAACAAUACGGGUGGAGGAGAAGGAAUCGAGGUGCAGAAAAAUGAACCAUUUAAGGAUUACCCAUUGCUUGGAGGAAAAUAUUCAUCAGGGCAAUAUACUUACAAGAUAUAUCACUUAGCAAGCAAAGUUCCUGGCUUCAUUCGUAUCUUACUUCCCAAGAACUCUUUAGAAAUACACGAGGAAGCCUGGAAUGCUUAUCCAUAUUGCAAAACUGUUAUAACUAAUCCUGGAUAUAUGAAAGAUAAUUUCAUUAUUAUGAUAGAAUCAUUCCACAUUGCUGACACCGGCAACCAGCACAAUGUGCACGAACUACCUCCAGAUAAGCUCAAGGUUAGAGAUGUGGUAAAUAUAGACAUAGCAAAUGAUCCGAUCGCUAGUUCGGAUUAUAAAGAAGACGAGGAUCCAACGAAGUUUAAGUCCCUGAAAACGGGAAGAGGUCCUCUUAAUACUAAGGAUUGGAAAAAUAAUGUACAGCCAGUGAUGACCUGCUAUAAACUUGUUACCUGUGAGUUCAAAUGGUUUGGCCUGCAGACGCGAGUGGAAAACUUCAUUCAGAAAUCCGAAAGGCGCUUAUUUACCAAUUUCCAUAGACAGGUGUUUUGCUGGAUUGAUCGCUGGUACGGUCUUACGAUGGAGGAUAUUAGAGCAAUCGAGGAGAAUACGAAAGAGGAAUUGGACAGGCAACGACACCAAGGAGAGGUGCGAGGCAUGCGCGCCGAGGAUUGAGACUUUGAUAGGUACCGAUUUAUAAGGCUAAACCAAUUUUCUUCUAAAAAAAGAAACACAAAUAUUAAAUACACGUACAUAAUUUCAAUGCCAUUUGCGAUCCAGCUCGAUCGGGAGGGAUACUUUCAAGAAUUUAUCUGUCUCGAUUCAGUGUCUACUGUAUUACUUACUAUUUUAAUUUAUUUACCUUUACAAGCGUUUUAGAUAAAUGUACCUACAGUCAAAUAGUAACUUUAUUAUAUUAUUAUUAUUAAAGUGAGAAGUCGAGAAAUUUCGGCUGUAAUGAUACGCAAAGGCUCGACAAAAUUCAGUAUAGGUAAUUGAUUAUUAACAAUUGAUAGAGUAGUAGUUGAAUGAUAAUAGCUAUUAAUGUUUGUUGAAUGAGUGAUUUAAAAACAGAGGCAAACAAAAAAUUAUGAAAUAGUCGUGAUAUAAGCCGUAAAACUACUGUUUUAACUCUGAAAGUGUUAAGGUAUAAUAAUAAUAACAAUAGUAGUAGUGGUUAAUAGUAGUAGUAUUAAAAGUAGGAGUCGGUUAUAAAGUUAUAAAUCGAAGAAACUAAGCAGUCAAUGAAGCACUUAUUUUCCUUUCGAAGUAGCAACCUAGUGAGAAAAUAAUUAAUUUACAGUAUACAUGCUUGUACAUCACAGCGUUUGUGCAAUUACGUUCACAGACGUUAGGAGUAAUUUAUCGAUUGUAAUAAGAGCCCCUUGUGAUUUCGAACUUAUAUUAUGAAGGAACUUAUAAUUGCUUCGACGCAGUCUUACCUUUAUUUUAAUUAACUGCAGUCUAAAACACGAGUUUUUGCAUUUAAGAGAGUUUCGUCAUUUAAGAAGGGUAGAUUUUUGCGCUAGACUUCGACAAGAAAAAUAUCUCAGAUGUUCAAUGCCAAUUACAGAUAUUAAUUAUUACUCUGUGUUAAGCAAGUGAAGUGGUAACAUAUACAUACAUGAAUGUAGAAAGGAAGUUAGGCUAUUUCAAUUUUGUUGACAGGAGUGAAUGACUUAAGGGUGUACUAUUGUAUAUAAAAGAAUCGUACAAUGAAAUUCAAGUGGAAGUUUCACGUUUAAAAUAAUAUUGUGUAAUCUAAUGUAUUAAAUCUUUACAUCUCUGCA